AUGACCGAUGAUGGGUCAACUUCCUUCAUCGAAGGGCUAUCUUCACCUCGGCUUCUUUCAACUCACCUUCCUUACUCUUUGCUUCCAGAACGCAUGACCGAUGAUGGCUCGGCUUGCUGUUUCAUUUACAUCUGCCGAGACCCCAUAGAUAAAGCUAGUGUGGAGUCACCUAAGAAAGUGUUGUUCUUGAAAUAUGAAGAUGUGAAGAAAGAGCCUUUGGAGUGUCUGAGGAAAGUUGCAGAGUUCUUGGAGAUACCCUUUACAUCAGACGAAGAAAACAAUAAGAUUGUGAAAGAAAUAGUGGAAUUGUGUAGUUUUCAGAAUUUGAGCAAUCAGGAUGUGAAUAAAAGUGACUUCCUAUUAGCAUUUAGCAACUCUGAUUUCUUCAGGAAAGGUGAAGUUGGCGAUUGGGUUAAUCAUUUAUCACCUCAAAUGACUAAAAUAUUGGAUCAAAUUACAGAACAAAAGUUUCAAGCUACUGUAUUCAACUUCCAUUGA